AUGACAAGUAUCGGCCCAAAUUUCUCUGGGCAUCCUGCUGGUAUGGGGCAUCCAGGAGUCGCCGGCCACCCUAUGGGCCCUGGUGGCAUGCCUCAUAACCAAGGCCAGCAAGGCGCUCCCGGUGGUGGAAUGCCUCAUCAAUUCGGAGGACCUAUGGUCUCUGCUCCCGGAGCACAAGUAAACCCUGCCCUCAUGGGCGGCAUGCCGCCGGGUGCGAACCCAAAUACUCAUGCUUUACAGCACCUCAAUCCCGCCGCUCAGCAGCAAAUGCUGCAGCAACAACUCCAGCAACAACAUUUUAAUAAUCCGCAAGCGAUGGCAGCGAUGCGACAGCAACAGCAACAGCUCCUUCAACAACAACAAGCGCGACAGCUCAUGGCUCAACAAGCCGCUUUCCAGGCUAACAUGCAAGGUGGCGGCAUGCCGAUAAACAUGGCUCAAUUUAGCCAACUUAACCCUCAGCAGCUACAGCAUCUCAGAGGGAGACUGGGUCCUGGACAGCAUCCUCAGGCCCAAGCAAUCAUGGCCCAGCAGCUUGCUCUUCAACAACAUCAACAGCAGCAGCAACAACAACAACAGCAGGCUGCUCAUGCUCAGCAAAUGCAAGCUGGGCCUAAUCCAGGCCAACCGAUGUCGAUGAAUGCUCAAAGCAUGCAAGCCAUGCAGCAACAGAAUCAGCUUGCUCUCCAAAACCAGAUGGCAAACCAACAAGGUCAGCAGCCUCAGGGUCAGCCUCAACCACAGCCACAACAACAACAGCAGCAGCAACAGCAGCAGCAACAACAGCAACAACAGCAGCAGCAGCAGCAGCAGCAACAGCAACAACAGCAACAGCAGCAGCAGCAGCAACAGCAGCAACAGCAACAGCAGCAGCAGCAACAACAGCAACAGCAACAACAACAACAGCAGCAGCAGCAACAGCCUGGCCAACAGCAACCUCAGCACACUCCUCAGCAGUCGUCGCAAGCUGGAACACCCGCCCCUACUGGGCCUCAAACUCCUGCUCAAACACCUAGCUCAACUCCUGCUCAGCCAACUCAGUUGCCGCCCGGUCAGAAUCAGCCUCAAGUGCCGCAAACUCCUGCUCAAUCACAAGCUCAACCUCAGCCUCAAGGUCAGGCACAGGCUCAAGCCCAGGCUCAAGCACAAGCCCAGGCACAAGCCCAGGCUCAGGCACAGGUUCAACCUCAGCAGCAUCAGAUGAAUGCUGCCACCGCCCACCAGCUUGCGAUGCAGAAUCAGUUCCUGCAGCAACAGCGGAGGGAUAGCAUGAAAGGCCAGUGUUUGCUUAAGUUGAUGCAGUUCAGCGAACAUCUUAGUGGCUUUCCCGGAUCCAAGGGCAGAGAAGAUCUCUCGUAUUGGCAGGAAUUCGUUACGCGAUUCUUCUCCGUCAAUGGUGUCUUUCGCCACUCACUACACAUUACCGAUGCUGAAGAUACGACCGAUAAGCAAUACGAGAUUACGUUCCCCGCCAUUGCUCGAUACUUCCAUACUCACUUUGGCAGUGGCGUCAAAAAUAUGCAGUUGAUUAUGGAUAAGGGUGUUACAGAUCGCCCUCUUCCGGGAGAAUGCCACUGCAUCGAGAAUUCAAAGGCUAGUCUCGUGUACUGGUUCGAGACAGGAUCUCACUUGGUCGCGAGUGGUACCCUACGAGCACAGUUUGAUGCUGAACAGAAGAUCGAACUUUUUGAGUUUCUUACGACGAGUCACGACGAAUUUAUCUCACGAAAGCAGGUCAUUGAUGCUGCGAAACCAGCCCACAUGUGGAUGAAGGAGUGGCAUAAGACUAACUCUCAGGAUGGCAAGUCGCCUGAAUUGUCCAAGAAGGGCAAGGGUCGGCAGUUGAAGUCCCCCCAAACACAGCCUCCGGAAGUCUUGGUCGACCUGCCAGACUCGGCUGUUAAUAGUAAGGGGGUGACUGAAGCGGUCUUUCAGUUUCUUGAGAUUGUUGAAGUGAUGGGACAGAUGAACCCAUUGUUCCAAUAUAAUUUUUCGAACCCCGGCAUGAGCCCCUAUCAAACGCUCGACCAGUACGUCUCGACACAUAUCAACGGAGCCCCUCCGAAUAUGAACGGCCAGCAAAUGCCCCCCGGGGCCCGCACACCUAGCUUUGGGCAGUUUCCGAUGGGCGCAAGCCCGGCUGCCGCUCACAUGAACCUGCCUGGAUCGCCUCAUAUGGGCAGUCCGGCACCUGGCCAUAUGCAGGCCCCUGGAAUGCAGAUGCAGCAAAGUCAACAGGGUACUGGGUCAAGUGGACCUAGCGCAAACACAUCUCCCGCCUCGAACAAACGAAGAAGACCCUCCGCAGUAAAAGAGGAGGAUGGAUCUGGAGCUCCUACGCCUAACGCCAAUGGGAUGCCUCGCAAUGCCAAGCCUCCUACACCAAGAAUGCCGAAACGACUCAAGGGUAACCCGCCUGCACAGUAA